CUUUGCUCCAUAAUGUUAGACAACUUGAGUCAACUUGACUCGUCUGGCCAGGUGGAUGCGUUAAAAAGCGGGUAAUUGUCCAACUUCUGCAAUCACAAUGGUGGACAAACCUGUGGUUUUGGGGCUCCCUCUUGACGUGCUUUUUGAGAUUUUCUGGUAUCUUCACCCACUGGACCUUGUAUAUCUUACUCGGGUAUCCAAACACUUUCGUUUGUUUCUGCUUAGUCGUCGCAAAGCAAAGUCAAUAUGGACAGGAGCCUUGAAACGCAUCGACCGGCUACCUCAGUGCCCAUCGUACCUUUCCAAACCCGCAUAUGCAAACCUUCUGUUCUGGCCGUACUGUCAUCGGUGUUACUCGUCGUGCGAUGUAAUUCAAUGGGAGUUGCGCAUCCGUUGCUGUAACAGGUGCACAGAUGACAUGCUCAUUGGUCGAGAAAAGCUUCCUUUGUUUGUUGACCAGUUGAACUGCCUCGAUGCCGGGCAGCUCAUACCCAUGUCAGUCAUAAGUUCUGCUGGGCCUUGCGUUAGGCACACAGAUAAUACCUAUAGAAAGCCGCUCACUGUGGCUUCGCACGCUGAUGUCAACAAACUCAACAUGCAGUACAAAUUUUCGAAGGAUAGCCUAUUGUUGAACGACCUAAUAAUCUAUCGCGAGAAAGUCACGCAGGAAAUCUACCAGCACGUAGCUUUGUGUCGCAUCUGGGAGGCUGAAGUAGCUGACCAGCGUCGCAAAGAGCUGGUAGACCAGAGGAAAAGAGAUGUCGUUGAAAAACUCGAGAGCCUCGGAUUGGGAGAUGAGCUUGAAUCGCUGCGGUCGGACGCCUCGGCAUUAAAAGAAUUCGACAACCUUGUCGUCAGACAAGACCAAGAGUUGACUGAUUCUUCAUGUCAGGUUUCUCUACUGAGGCUUCAGAAUUUUCUAGAAAUCAAAAGAGCUCGAAGGCUUACUGUCCUCUUCCAAGACUGCUUCAAAAAUCUUGCCGUUGUUGUAAGCGAUAUGACGAAGACAUUCAAAAACAAUAAGAACAACAACUUGAAGGUCUUUCCUCAAGCGAUAGACAUCUGUCUACUCUCGGAAGUUCGAUGCAUGAUAGAUAUCCCUGAGGUUUUGUCGGCGGAAGCUUUUGUAGACGCACUUACCCUUCGUCUACCCCAAUUGUUGUUAGCCUGGAACAGCCAGGCCACUAGGCAACUUGCAGAUCUAGUUCGCGCGGAGCUGGGCGGCAUCGAUAAUGAUAUCGACCCUCUCGAACUCGCCGCUUUGGUAUUCCGCUGCUCCAAUUGUCGAUUGCAUGUCACUUAUCCAUCAGCGCUCGCCCACUCUUGCCUACGCGUUAAGACAUUUGACAAACCGUGGGUCCAACUUCCAAUGGAAACAACAGCGCUCGGUAGAAGGAUGUCACUAGUAGAAGUUUACGAGAAAGCAGCAAUCGAAGCCUUCGAGAUGUACCCAUGGAAUUGUACUGUUCUGGAAGCAGGCGGAUGCAUCAAGCGAAUACAUAAUCUCUUCCAAGUUCUCGGACGAGACCCGAAUUCUACUACGGUGGAUGAUAUGGAAUCUUGUCCAAUUCGAGUAACCUGUAAGAGUUGUUCUGGAAGUCGGAAUCGAAUGAUUCUGACUUACCGCACCGCCCUCAUUCACUUGGUACGAAACCACAGCGAUAACAAGGACGAUGCCGUGUGGGUGGUUGUUGUAUAAUGUUCAAAUUGUGCGGAUGGACCUGCUCGAGUUUGUAUGUUCAUAUACCCGAUACCCUUUCAUGCAGUCUAUUACUGGUUUUCGGUGUAAAACCUCAAGCAAGAAGCCUUGUCUUGUGAUUGUUCAUAUCAUCUGUGGAUCCCUACUGUCGUGCCAUAACGCUCUGCAACAUUUGUUCCUACUGUAUGCAAGUAUCUCCACCUAAGAGGGCUGGCUGACCAUGGCAGGCGUCGCAGUUGCAGUAUCCCGAACUCGCGUACAAUGUGU